AUGACAUUCCUCAACCCAUCCUCAAUAGUAAAAUACACACAGAGUAACCAAUUUCACGAUUUUAUCCCUGACUGGAUAGUUGCAACUGUAACGGUAUUGUUUUUUUUUCUGGUUGCAGAGACAGCUCUCCCAUUUCAACGGCAGUUUUCCCUUGAUGAUUUGACAAUUUCCCACCCAUUUGCAAUUAAGGAACGAGUUUCGGGAAUCUUGUGUAUAGAAAUUGCUGCAUUUGUUCCAUUAUUUGUAAUUUUAACAUCAUUAUUGGUAAAGUAUCAACAGGGGGCAUUUUCUUCACAUCAACAAGCUUUGCAUUGCUUGCAAAUUAGUGUUUUAGGUUUGAUAAUAUCAUUGAGUUUAAAUGGAGUCAUCACUGAUAUACUUAAGAUUUGGAUAGCUAGACCAAGACCCGAUUUCUUGGAACGUUGUGGGCCAGCACCGGGAACACCAUUGCAUGAGUUGGUAGACGUGAAUGUUUGUACUGCACCUUUGGGCAAAGCCUUGUUGAUUGAUGGUAUGAAAUCGACACCUUCUGGUCAUUCUUCUAUUAGUUUUGGUGGGUUGUUUUAUUUAACAUUAUGGUUAUUGGGGCAAUUUAAGUUAUUCCAGAAUAGAGAAUCUCCGCAAUACGUUUACAAGUAUUUCCUUGCAUUUUCACCAUUGUCAUUGGCCACAUACAUUGCGUUGAGUAGAACACAAGAUUACAGACACCAUUUUACUGAUAUAGUGUUAGGAGGAGCAAUAGGUAUCAGCUUCGCUUGGUGGUCGUAUCAUCAUUAUUUCAACAAACUUGUUUCAGAGGAGUCACACAAACCUAUAGAUUCCGAAACCUUAACUGAACUGUUGUUACCACAUUAG